ACGAUCAAAUUACAGAAGCAGAAAAAAUAAUAAAAGAAAAUUUGAGGAAAAGAGAGAGAUGCAUACACAAUAUACACUUUGGUAGCCAUUGAUGAAGCUCUAAUUCUCCGAAAUUAGCUAUGGAUUCUACUUUAUUUUUGGUGAGGGAGAAUGGAUGGUGGGAAUCGCUGUAUUUAUAGUUGCUCUGCUCCAACCUUUCUGCUGGGCCACGCGGGUUUCUUCUUCUUCCUCACCCCUACAGCUCCGGAAAAAGAAGCCCAAGCACUGACUUCCAUUUCUUGAAAAAAAUCAGCAAAAGCUUAAAAUUUUCCCUUUCUUUUCUUGUUAAAGAGCAAAAUUAGGACUUAGAAAUCUUUCCCCCUGCAGAAAAAUUUCAGAUCUGCUCUGUUUCUCCCCCUUUGUCUGUCCGCUGUUCUGCUGGGUGUGAAUCCUUUGGGAUUUUCGUUUUCAUGAUUUCUUCUUCGGUCUCCGUCGGCCUCCAUACCCGCCAGCUCUGGUUUUGGCUGCUGGAAAAAUUCUGGUAUGUUGAUGGCAUCUUUAAGUCCGAAAAUGGUUAAUUAAUUGCUGCCCUGAAUCUUCGAAUUUUCUGCCUUGAUUUGUCCUUGUACUGUUCGGAUUUUCUGCUGAAAGAGGGAAGAAUUCCGACAACAGUGAGAUGAUUUUUCUUAGUUUAAUUCAUGUAAAAAAAUUAUCUUGAUUAGCUGCUGUGAGGUUCUGGAGAAAAAUCCCGUGAAUUAGCUAUUGUUUUGCCAAAUUUCUGGAAGUUGCAGUUACUGUUGACUGCAUGAUUACUGUUUAUGAGUACUGUUUACGAUACUAUUCACAGAUUAUUGUUUACGCACUAAUGGCCAAUGAUAGAAAGGUUUAAAUGUUUAGUUUCUAAUAAGACUGAAAUUAGAGGUGUCCGAUCAUGUGGAGGUUAAUUUAAAUAGCAUCUUGAUUAGGGGGUGAUCCUAAUAAUGUUUUCACUUUGAAUUUGAGGUAGUACGGUAUUAAUUCUGAGGUAUUUUGAUUAGAUUCUUGAGUGUUCUAUCACUUGAGCACUUGGCUUGAGUUUCCGGUAUUACGGAUUUGAGGUAAGUAAAUUAUGGUAACGCCUUUUGAUUUCAAAGUGAAAGCAUAUUUUAAAUCGUUUUUGAGAUGGUGGUAAGGUUUAAAUUGAUUUUGUUGAUACUGAGCAUGAUUGGUUUGAAAUGAAAUUAUUUUCAUUUUCAUUGAGUAGAGCAUGCUUACUUGGAAUUUGCUUAAUUGCUCUGAUGAUUUGAGAAUUUUUGUAAAUUAUGAGUUUCUUGUUAAAUCUAUGCCCACAUGGAAAUUUUUCUAUUAUUUCUGGAAUUUGAGAUUUGAUUGGAAAUUACGGAUUUUUUUUGUAAAUCCUGCAUGGUUUUGUCUCUGAUAUAGUCAUGAUUACUGAUGCCCGCUAGUGGGAGUUUG